CCACUGGGUGGCAAAGUGGCUGUCGAGAAUAACACCAUUUAGAGCCAUAAAACCAUAAGCCCAAUCGGCGCGACUGCACAGUUAUGAUCCGCCACCGGAACCGUGCGCUACGGCCCCGGCACCGAGCUUCGAUACUGAGUGGGAGGGCGCGCGUUUUUGGCACCGUGUGGCCGUGCUGUGUUUGUGCUGUGUGCUGGUUGUGAAGUGCAGUCGAGUUUGGUGUUGAUUUUUGGGUAAACGAGUGAGCUGUGCCUGCUUCGUACGCUCGGUGGAAAAUGCGCGUUUCGCAACUUUGCACCCUUUGAUUCCCGAGUUUGAGUUGGUGAAAACACUCACAAGGUUUUUUUUCCCCACCUUCAGUUUCCCCUUUUGUCCAGCGCUGCUAAGACACUACCGACAUCUGAGACAUUGGAGAUUUUCGGGCUUGACUUGCUGACAAUGUUGUGCCGUCGCAUGCGUUUGACUGAGCGCCAUCUUCAACCGCCCAGAGAACCGCUGGAAGGACCGAUCGUACGGCCCUGUACAGCACGGAAACUGAUGAACCUAGACACUGCCACAAGCAAUAGCAACCACAGCACCAACACCACCGCAACGACGACCAACGACGCUAGCAGUACACCGCACCCAACCAUCACCAUUCCAACGGGAGACGAUGCCGGGACAACCUGCGAGGGACAACCGUUUUCACCACGUGGGAGGAAACUCCCCGAAGGGCCCAAAACACCUCUGGUGAUCGUGAAUCUGAACAUCCCGCCCGGCACGGAGACACUGGCACCGAAAAGCGCAUCCCGCUCCGAGCGGCACAAGCUGCCGCACUUCUGCAUGCAGUAUCGCAAUCUCGGCCGGCUCUGCUCAGCCCCACCGGGAUGUGCGGGUGCUGGCGUGCCCACCGUCGUCGGUACGGCGGGCCCGGCAAGCGGCCUGAUUCCUCAGAUAUUCAUCCAAAGCUUCGAGCUGCAGGAUCGUCGCGCCGCGGACGGGCCGGCCGGCGCAGCGGACCACGAUCAGCAGCAGGGAAGCCAGCGGUACAACAUCAUCACCGAGAAUGAUGAGGAUACGUUCGCGACGCUACUGUUGGACAACAUUUCCAACAUUUCGCUCGAGAUGAUACAGCGCCACCAGCAGAAGCUGCUCGGCACGACCGCAUCCUCGAUCACGGAGAGUCCGCUAGUGACGGGGGUGACCGGCAGUGCGACCUGCUUCCAGCACGUCGAAGGAUGCAGCAGCAUGGAGCGGACGGAAAGCAAAACGUCCACCGAGGGUCUGCUGCCGCUGGACGGUAGGAUGGAUUCGCAUGACGAGCGAGACCGCCAGGCUAGCAGGGGACAGUCCGCCUCGGGCCCUACGAACGAUCGGCUGGCAGUGACACCGGAAGCGGUAGACGAUCAGAACCCGGACAUUCCGGCUGGCUACCGUUCGCUCUGCUACCGUACGCCCAGCCCCAAGACGCGCCAGAUCAUUCGCGUGGACAUCGUUACCAGCAGGGAAAAGUAUUGAACCAGACGGGUGGCACUCGUCCCAGACACUGUUGGAUGCGAAUUUGAUUGGUGAUUGCUUUAAUCGGUUCAAAAGUAAGAAUAAUAAAUAAACCUCGUUUAGACAGUACGGCUCAGCUGCGUAUCAAACUGCUUUAAAAUACUCUCCCCAGUUUGUUUUUUGCUAUGGUAUAUUCUUCAACCUUCCCAGAAAUCGAACCGCAUUUUAGAAAGUUCCCAAAAGAUGAUGAUCACCACCAGGUGAAAGCAAGAUCUCGCGCCGCUAGGUCGCUGCCUAGCAGCUGAACGCUGAAAAUUGCGCAUCCUCAAAACACCCGGUACAACAGCUGGUGGAGCUCGUGCUGUUGGACAAACGGCACACCCUUAAAACAAAGCAAAAACUGAAAAGACAAUCCCAUGCACCGCUCGCCGUACCCCUGCCUAAUUAGCGGCCCAUCCCAGCUCGUCUCGGAGGCAUCAUAAUCACUGACGUUCCGAAGGCAUUCCGAAAAUCCAAUUUGCUUCCCGCCCCGGUUAAACUGCAUUCAAAAUGAAGCUUCCAAAAUGAGCUACAAAUUAGCUGCGGCGUGUGCGCCACCAUAAACUACAUUGUCGCAAAUGGACCCCGUUCGAUUGUGGCCGAAACGGUGGCGUCGGUGCGUCGUAAAAUGGUUUAAUAGCGGAAAUAUUAUAACCGACACAAACAGGAACGCGCCUGCAGCACUAGUGAUCGCACGCCGCUGGAGGUGCAGUUUUUUUCUUUCUUUCUUUCUAUUCCAACAAUCAGUAGAUCAUUUGUGUUGAAACACGCUUAUUUAAUUAUGUCUGCUUAAUACAGCACAUACAAAGAAAUG